AUGAGUAUAAUUGUGAUGAAGUUAAGGGUGCUACAAGUGGCGCCGUUCGCUGGUCGUAUAGCUGCAUUGGAGGAAUUGCAUUUGAUUUUAUAUAACACGUCUCAGUGUUCGAUAAUUCCAAUCGAUCAAGUGGCACAAUGGCUUCGUGCUAAUUCAACGAUUGAAAUUCUCUUCAGAGAUAAUUUGCACAAUCCUGCUUUUGUGGAGAGAUUGGAGCGUGUCGUUCGAGUGCUUCUGGAAAAGGAUGUGCUGACAGCUGAUGAACUCGACAUUAUGUGGGACUCGCAGAAGGGGAAACAUGACGCAGUGCAAAGGAAUUUCAACGAUUUAAUCAGUAAACUGGCGAACGCAUUCAAUGUGCAAUUGCAAGAGCGUUUAUUUAAGCGAAUGAAGGAGAGUUGGGCAGAUUCGUCGGCACGGGAGAAAACGCUGCUGUUGGAUUUGAUACGACGUAUCGGAAUCGAUUUCAAUGAAAAUGCUGAGAAGGCGUUGACAUUGCAAUCGUUAUCGUUGCUGUGGGAUUUAUUCCGUGAUGAGCGAUUGUGCGUUGAGUUGAUGGACGCAGCGUUGGAUGCACAUUAUUCAAUUAUUGAUUCGAUUUUAAGGGCUGAUGAUCUGAGGAGAAAUUAUAUUCAUAAAUGCAUUGAGGAGUUGUUGGCUGAUUCUGUGUUCGUUUUGCCAACACUGAAACAUAUGCAGCGAUUGAUGAUGAUUGGGCCGGAUUGCACGUUUAGUACACCGAAGAAUUUAUCGAAGAAUGAAUUCAUUGAAACGGUGCAACGAGACACCGAGCUGUGUUCAAGACUGACGGCUAAUCUGACUUUGUAUAUGGGGAAAGUUCGUAAUUAUGUGAAGAAUAAUCCGCAGAUGUGCAGUGAAUCAGAGGCUGGUGCAUUGAUGAUCGAUGGUCGAAUCUUGAAAUUGCCGGUACAUUUGUUGAAUGAGGAAGGGUUUUGUUGUUUCAAAAUAUUUUGGACAUCGGUGAAUAAACGAACCGGGCGAUUGAUACAACCGCCGUCGAGUUGUCAUUUCUCGUUGAAUUCGUUCGAUUUGGAGGGACAUGAUUAUUUAUGGGAAAUAAUACUGAAGGCACGCGAUCGUGUCUCGAUCCAUGCCACACAGCUAUGGGUCGACGUCUUCUCGAAUCCUCAUCUCGAUAAAUUGUCCGACUUUGGACAACUCAAUGAAUUCGUUAUCAAUAAAUGUUUCACGAUGCUAAAAUCGAAUCACGAUCAGUUGAUCAGAGGCGAUGGCGAUGAGUUCGAGAAGAUGGGAAUCAUCAAUCGGAUGAGUCGAAUAUUAUUCGUUCGUACAAAUACAUCGAGUAAUGCGAAUGAAGAAGAGAUAUUCUCUGUGCAUAGCAAUAUGACUGCAUCAGCACUUAAAGCUAUGAUCGAAGACAGAAUCCGUAGUUGGGAUGGAUGUUGUGUGGACGGUACGAUGGCACGCUUUCAAUUGGGUGUGCAGCGGGCAAGUAGUGUCACUGAUAGCAGCAGUAAGAACGAUAAUAAUAAUAUGAACAUAAAUAUGAGCGAUAUGUACAACAACACUGGAAAUAUCAACAGUAUAGCGACGUGCGCAAACAAUAACCUAUCGGAGGAUGUGAAGAUGUUGGAUGCGAGGGAAUACAGGAGAACUUUGUAUGAGUUGAGUAUCGAUGAAACGUGCCAGGUGCUUGUCAAAUUCUCAUUAUCGAAAUGGUCAACAUCACGUUUCGUGACGAGUUCGGAUUCGAGUCCCGAUCCGAGUGAAACUAUGAGUGGGAUGUGCAGUGAUGAAGAAGAGCAUUUAUUGGCCGGUAAUACGAUAUCGUCGAAUUCGGAUUAUGUUCGGUUUUUGUACACUCUGGAAGAUAUUGGCUUUGAAUACGGCUCAGUGGAGUUGCGUGAUGCAGCAUCGAAGGUAUGUAACAAUUGUAUGAGUGGAAUUGAAUUCAUUGCAGUUUAUGGCAAUUACAUAAUGUCGUCAGAAACGCCGAGUAGAACGUUGUAUUUAUUACGGGUUUUGCAUUCGAUGCUGUUGCCGUGCGAUGCGAAUUUACAACCGCACGCGAAACAGUUUCAGCGCACCUUCUUUCAUUCAAUAUCGUGUUUGGCAGUGUUUUCGUUCCUAAACGAUCCACAAGUGUUGCAUCGUUGGGAUGCAUUGGCGUGUAUAAUGGCAUUAUGGUGGUUGAUCAAUAUCGCGAAAUUUGUUUUAUCCGUGGCUGUUAGAGUCAAAAAUCAGAUACUGCAUCAAGGCAACGAACGUGAACGUGUGCCGUUGGGAUCGGACAUGAUCGGUGGUAUUUACCGAGAGUAUUGUGAUCGGAUUGCAUUGGAUGUUUGCAGUGGCUUGGAUGAGGGUAAACGUGAACUGCGACAUUUACGCAGUAUUUUCAACAUUGAUGCUCAACUCAUGGACUGUUUGAUGCGAAUCGUUUGGGCGGUUGGUUCAAGGCGCAUCCCCCUUAUUGUCAACUCGGAUCGUGUCAACCCGCCAAUGAAUUCAUCCAAGGAAGCCAUUGCCGCAUCGCAGCAGUUGUGCGAAAUGAGUAAAACCCAAGAAGAUGUGACAGUGGUCGCGUUGGAGUGUUUGGGGACAGCGUCGAUCGGUUUGAAUGGCACCGAUAUCAUCGCAACUAAACUCUCGAUGUGGUCGUCGAUUGUGGUCGAAUUACUUCUGUGUAGCAGCGAGAAAGUGCGUAAACACGCUGUACAAAUAAUCAGUAGAAUUCUGAGUCGUCCAUCCGUAACAGAGCGAUCGCUGCUGGUCAACACCAUAAAUGUUCUGUUUGAGAAUAUCCAUUUAACAGAGGAAAAACACGAAAUAGCAUCUGAAUAUUUCACAUUAUUAUGCAAAUUGUUGGAAUACUGUCGCAAAACGCAAGUUCGUUUGGAUAAUAAUUUAUCUCGCGUUGAUACUGUUCUCGAAUGGCUUGAUUCUGCGAAGCGACAUACCGCAAUCCAUCAGGAAAGUUAUCCGAAGGAUACGUUAUUGAUUGGAUAUUUUGACGUGGGUCGGUGUUUGGUGGCCAUGUUACCGUAUGAACAUAAGCAGUUUAUUGGUUGUGACCCGAAUGGAAAGCAGUUCGUGAGGCAAAUAAUAGACGAGUACGUGUUAACAUCAUCUCGAGCAUUCAUUGAUAUGGAACGCUCUCGUGAGGGAUCUGAUUUCUCGCAUAUUCAACGUUCUGUCACACAUUCCGCGAUUUCAUCACGGACAGGUCAAGGCGCAGAUCAACAGCAGCCACAACAUUCAGAGCAACAGCCACAGCAACGAUCUCAACAAGGCAAUGCGAUGCCGCGAUCAGCGAGCACAGUGCCGAUCUCGUCGAAUCGAUGCGUGCCGGUGUGUGGCAGUGGCAUGAGCACGAAGUCAGCGUACGAUCUGCUGAUGGUGCUCUGCGAUGACUCGUCUGCGAACUACUUCUGCAUGGUCGAUCUGCUCAAUCAACUCUUUUAUUCGGGGUCUAUUCCAACAAUGAACAUCGAGUGGGAGUAUAUGCCAGCGUUUUCGUUACGAACACCGAACAGUUACGUUGGAUUGAAGAANAUGAAUUCUGUGUUUCAGCAGAUUUUCAUGAUUGAACCUCUUCGAGCCGCAUUGUUGAAUGCGAAUUGUCCAGACGAGAUCGACGUUGACGAGGGGACAGAUGAUCGUUUUAUGUUGUUUAGGGAAUUCGAGCGGAAAACACCAGAGCAGUAUCACGAAACAAUGCUGAAGGCAGUACAGUCGAUAUUCGCUCAUCUUCUUGGCUCUGAGCUUCAAUAUUAUACUCCGCGAUUCUUUUGGAAUCACUUUAGAUUCUACGGUCAGGCGGUGAAUGUGCGUGAACAGCAGGAUGCACUCGAAUUUUAUAAUGCACUUUUUGAUUCGAUCGAUGAGGGACUGAAGAAGAUUGGUGAAUCACCGAUAUGUGAGAAGUUGUUCGGUGGUACAUUUGCAGAUCAGAAGAUUUGUAAGGAUUGUCCGCAUAGGUAUCUGCGCGAAGAGGCAUUCACAUCGAUCUCAGUUGACAUCAGAUCUCAUAAUAACUUAUUAGAUUCACUUAAAGAGUAUGUUAAGGGCGAUUUGUUGAAUAAUGAUAACGCAUAUCUGUGUGAGGAGUGCAAUAAGAAGGUGACUGCAAUAAAGAGACUGUGUGUAGCUAAAUUGCCACCGUAUUUAACAAUCCAGUUGAAAAGAUUCGAUUUCGAUUGGGAACGCGAUAUUCCACAGAAAUACAAUGAUUACUUUGAAUUUCCGUUGGAACUGGAUAUGAUGCCGUAUACACUGGCUGCAGAAGCCGAAUCCACCAAAGAAAGUACUUACACAGCGCGUUCGUCAUCAUCUGUGAUGGAUAGUGGCACUGGUGCAUCGAUCGAGUCUCAGUCUGAGAAGUACGCAACGGAUAGUGCGAUGAUUGGAGGGUGUGUAUCGACACUCGAUCAGAAGAGUAGUGUUGAUGACAGCACUCAGUAUCGUUUGCGAGGUGUUGUGGUGCAUUCGGGUCAAGCGAACGGUGGUCAUUAUUAUUCGUUCAUUCGAUCGGACGAAAAUGAUGACCGAUGGUAUAAAUUCGAUGACAUCGAUGUGACCGAGUGUAUUCUCAACAAAGAGGAAAUGCGUAGUACAUGGUUCGGUGGUGAUUACGUAUCGGAGGCGUUCGAUAAUUCGAGUAAUCGAUAUCAGAAGAAGAGACAGAAACGGUGGUGGAGUGCGUAUUUAUUGAUUUAUGAAAAGAUCGGUGAUCCAUGCAUCGAUUCGGCGUUGUGUUCGUCGAGCGAGAUGAUCCAAUCGUAUUCGUCCACUCUGCAGUCGCAAUCGCACUCACCACGUUCAGCCACGUCGCAUUCCGUCAGUCCAGUGACGGUUGGUACGGGCGGUGGAAUCGACAAGAAAUUUAGUGCGAUGUCUUUGAGUUCACGUCUACGGCAAUUACCACGAAAGUUGGAGGCGAUGAUACGUGGCAAGAAUACACGAUCGAUGCAUGAACGAUCACAAAAAGUGUGUAUGGUAACGAUACGAUUGCUGAGUAAAUUCCUCUUUUUGACGGCGUUAAGGGCCAAGAAAACGUUGAGGAGUGGUAAUUUAUUGGAGUGGCAAAAAACAUUGGAGUCAUUAUUCAAAAUGUCAGCGAGUUGCCGUGCGUGGUUCGUUUGCAACGUGAUGUUCCAGCCGAAGUUGAUCGUGAUGUACUUGUUUGUUGCGCCUUCUGCUGAUGUGAGAAGUUUCUUUGUGAAUAUUUUGGUUGCCGUUAUGGACAGUACUCGUCUCGAUCAGAUUCAAUCGCUUCGUCCGUAUCUCGGUGAUUGCAUUGACUUCAAAUUGGAUACGAUUUGUCGUGAAGGCGAUACGGUGUCUGAUGUGCUGAUCACGUUAAUGCUGAUCAUAGCGCGUAACAAUCCAGCUGACUUCAGUGCACAUCCAAGCAACUACUUUGAUUUGUUCUACCUCUACGCUGCAUUGGGACUCGAACAAAAGAAGCAAUUGGUGUUGAAAGAGGCAUUGUAUUAUAUGCUUGUGAUGAUAUCGAGGGACGACAGUCGUGUCAAGAUGAUUUACCAGGACACGACGAAGUUCUACGAGAUCAUUUCAUCGUUGCUGAGGACUUGUAUCAUUGAUAACGACCGAGCGCAGUUGGAUAAAGCAGCUGUGAAUCCGUACGCUGUGGCCAAAUCGGGCUUACUUCCGAUGCCAACUGGAAUUAAGAUGUGGAUGAAUGAUCCGGUUUGUGUGGACAGGUUAUUGGAGCAGUUGUUGAAAUUACCAUCGGAUUAUACUGUUGCCGUUCAAACGUUGCUAUUUUUGUGUUGGGAGAAUUUGGAAUUCACAGUAAUGGCAUUGCAGCACUUCUCUUUUGAGACGAUGUUUACACCAGCAGAAGUGAAGAAUGCAGUUGAAAUAUUCGAGAAUUUAAUCUCAAUCAACGAUUCAUUCAAAACGAAACGUUUACGUGUCGCAAUGUUGGGAACGGAGGACCGUAAAUACAAAGGUUUCAUUGCGCAAGUGCUGGCUCAAAGGGAUUCGAGUGUUUUCAAACCGUACAAAAUGUGUAAAUCAUUGAUUAAGAUUAUCAAUGCAAAUCCUGAGAUUUAUGAAAUGAUUGUGAAAGAACGUGACGCUUGCGAUAGUUUAUUGGUUCUGGAAGAUUGGUUACGACGUGAAUUGAAUAGAAAUCAGAACACAUACAGUUACGGAUGUCGGCCGAACGAAAUGAAGACUUCAUCAGGAUUGGAUCGAACGAAAAGCGCGUUGGAUUUAUUGCAUAGCUUUGACGAUAUCAGUAAGCGUGCAGUGCGGGAUGGAGGGUAUGGUAACGAUUUGGAUGAGACGAAUGAGCCGAGAGCAAUGGACGCAGCCAGCAAAUCGUCGAAUCAGAACUUGUCAUUUGAGAACUUAUCAAGGUCGCAUCAAAUCUCCUCUCAAGGCGGCGCCACCACAUCGUCGGAUGCAGCAGCAGCAGCAGUCACGCCAAAUCACGCGAGAAGCCUAUCAGAUACAGUUAUGAAACUGCAUGCGGGUAAGAUGUUCGCCUCACCGAACAGAUUCGUUCACGUUUCAUCUGCAUUGCACGAUUCUCCAUCGCAAAAUAUUAAUAAGCCAUCAUUUAAAACAGCCGCCUUCCCAAGCGAUCCAUGCAAAGCACAGCACAGAUCGUUUGGUGUAAGUACAAAAGGAACGUCAACGGAGGAUGGUGAUGAGGACGAGGGUACUGACAGUGAUAAUAUGAUGAUAACUGGAUCGAUAUCACUACAAGAUCGUCUAGCGGCAACUGCUCACCUGAAACCACCGCCUUAUUCUGAAUACGGUGAACAAACGCUUCCAGCAAUACCUUCAGAUCCGCGUUUGAGUUGUGGUCUGAUGAAGAAGGAUCACGUAGGACGAGUGCCUGUGGUGUCCUCACGAGAUAUAUCGCAUUCAUGGAAAAACAAUCCAACAGUGAAUUUGAGUAUGAACGACAGUACGGUGACGAACCUGAACAUGCAAUCGCCACCGUCAUAUAACGGUUCGUCGAACGACGAUUCGGAUUCAGUAACUGAUUUCAUAUCGACGGGAGUUGAAAACGAAGAUGCACCGCCCGCCUAUGAUGCGUUGUCGUUUGGGAAACGAAGAUAG